AUGACUCCUGAGGGCUGCUCCGACGAUGUCGACUGGAAUGCCGACUCAGACCCCGCCGUCGACGACUCCGAAGCCAGCUCCUCCGAUGGCGGCGAAGAAGCCAUGGAUCGACUGCGCCAAGUCGUCAACCUCCUCGAAAAUUGUGCACCCAACCAUCUACAGCUGGAGUAUGACACAAUGCAAGCUAAACGUCAAGCGAUCAUGUCGUCGAACCGUCUCUGGUCGGCGGAAGAGAAAGCCGACUACGGGCAAUGGCCGCUGAUUCUUGGCGACCGAAGGAAAGCAGAUGAAUGGACGCUCAAGGACACCAUACCAAUUCUCAAGCUUCCUUUGUACAUGGCCACCGAAGUAUGUCGAUACUGGUUUAAGCAUAAGCAGUCAUUGGUGGCUAGUUGAAGUUGCUGAUUAGGAAGCAAAACUGACACAAUUCUUCCUCACCGAUCCUCCUCCUAUCCUUCAUUGGCGAAACCAACCGGAACAGGAGCACGAAUGGACAGCCUGCAAAUACGAACGUUGUCUCGCCGUAGAAGAAACAUCUCACGGUGCUCCAUCGAUCUCUUUCCAUCAGCAUCCGGCGGAUCACCUGACAAUGAUCGAAUGGCACCCGCUGAUCGGCCAAAAUUUGCAAUCCACUUGGAAGGAAUCACGCAAAGAAGUGCUUCGCAUAUCGCACCAGUGCUCGGGCGCCUGCAUGCGCUACACAGGAGACGAUGGGAAGAUAUACUACAACGUGCGACCGAAGGACAAAGAUGUCGUGCGCGAAUGCUCUUCACAAUUGAAGGUGAGUUAGCCGAAAUUUCAGCGUCAGAGAUCCUUUCUUUGCUGUGUUUGGGUUCGUGGCUUUUGCGCAUGCGCUGAGACCCGUUUCGUUACCUGCACUCUGCUUUUGUAAGAUUGUGGUUCCAGCCAGCAAUCUCUCGAUCGCCUUGAUUUACACGCUUGGCGACCAUGAGGGACGGCGGACCCUAGAAUCGGUCAGGAAACCGGCCGCGGUUAUGCGAACUGUCGCUCAUCAGAUAGUGCAACAGUGUGGCAGCACCCGAAGCACUGCUUUCCAAGGUGAAUCACAAUCAUGAUAUGUCCAACAGAACCCUGUAUCUGUCUGUUGAUCGCACCGCUGACUCGCGUUCUUGGUCCAUUCACGCGAGAAAGUUAUGUCCGACUAUUGCAAGAAGUGGAAGAAGAUCCACCGAGUCACUCUCCAUCCUAACCGGGUCAUUUGGGCCAAACAACUCAAGAGCAUAUUCCGGACCAAGGCUGCGAAGGCGUACACCCGAACGGUCAAUUGCCGCUAUAUCCACAAGCGCCCCAAGCCCUCGCCGAUCGAAGCGCAAGAGGGAAGAAUCCUUUUUCAAAGCUGCGCGGCUUCGCUGAAGCCUUGCACUCAAUGCCGGGCUCGCAAGAUGAAUCUGAUGUUGGAGUCAAUUUCUCAAGGUAUGGGCUCUCCCAAACUGCAUCGGAUCCUUCCUUGUCAACAGAACACUCACAUUGGUCAUGGUUUAUUUUGA